UGUAUGAUACAGCUGCGAAGGAGCUUGUUCAGCGCUAUCCUCAGCUAAGAGAUGGCUUUGGUGAUGGACAUAUGUCAUGGCAGACAGCAUUAAGGUACAAGGGAAAAAACACGCGCAAGAAAUUGCCUGCAGGCAUUCAAGAAGUGGAUGAGCUGCGGGAAAAAGUGAAAAGGCGCAAAGCUUCAAGCACGUGCGAGGAAGACAGCAAUACUAAAACGGCCAAGGUCCAUGUAAGAAAGUCUUCUUUCUGGAACGGUGCUUUCAAUGAAGGGGAAGACGAGAAGAGCACUGAAGCACAUAUUGAAAUAAUGAAGAAGGAGAUGCGCGUGGCCGGUGGGAAUGCAGACAAGAUCCGGGAGUCUAUGCAUAAGACUUUUCGCAAGCGUAGGACUUUCAUAGAAGUGGAAAAGCCAGCCGUCACAGAUUUGCUCCAGAUAUACCCAGCAUUGAGUCUUGAAAGAGAGCUUCUGAACGAGUUCCAUCGGCUGACAGGUUUGAAUGCAAAAGAAAGAAUAAAUGCGUUUGUGGAGAAAUAUGGGCAGAGAAUCUUGGCACUGGCACCCAAGAAAAAACGCCCACUGGAAGAAGACCCGGACGACGCUUAUUACUAUACUGUGUCUGUGCUGAUGUCCCUGCCUCGUUUGGCCAAGGAAGACCCCAGUGCCAUUAUUGCACAGCUGGUGCCUGGGGAAAGCCACAUGUACCCGAAGAUUUUACACUCUGCAGAGCACCCGGCGACGUCCUCAGCUCUUCUUGUUUCACUUGAGACAUUGCAGCUCACAGCUGUGGACGUGGUAGAUGGGUUUGCCUUGCUUUUGGCAGUGUUCUGGGCUUUUAAUGUCCAGUACACGCCAAAGGGAAGGCGAACUUGUCUUCUGUUGGAGGCCCUGAUGGGCCUUGAACCCACCGCUGUUGCACCUAGCAUCGUGCAGGUAGCAACAUCAGUCAUGCGGGAAGCUAGUUAAGUGCCGUAUGGCUCAGAAUGGUUCACAUUGUCAGUGAGUGACAAACUUAUGACAGAAAUAUUUAUUUAUUUAUUUUUGUUCCUGUGUUCUGCAAUAAAAGAAAUAUUUGUGGAAAUAAAUAUUAUGUUACUUUAGUCAAA